AUGAACGAGCUAAUUUGUACUAUAUGCUUUUCCUGUAAACCAAGAUUCUUAAGGCAGUGUCGAUGCCUCUAUUGUGAACCUUGCAGAAGCAGAAGUCAAGAAGUCUGUGCUUGUGGAGGCACUGGAGGCUGGCUUGACCUAUCGCACGAGUGUCCAGAUGAAAUCAAAAUGAUUGGAAUGGACCAAACCGAUAUGCUAAAGCGAACAAUGGAAUCAGUUGUGUCUAAGUUCAUUUCAACUAUGCAGACCACUUUUGGAAGUCUGCAUAAUGCAUUAGAGCUUAAAGCUCAUCAUCAAAAGCAGCUCCAAAAAUUUAUAAUGACCAAAAUGCAGAUCUUGAAACAGCAAAACGACGAACUAAGAAGCCAACUAAUGCAAAGAAAAGAGACAGUUCAGCCUCAACCUUCUCCUUAUGACCGAAGGAUCUUAGACUCCACUCCCAGAAACUUCUGCCAGCAGCCUGAAGAAGCCAAGUACUCAACACCCCGAGGAAUGAGACCCGUUAUCCCUCUGCAAAAGAACCACAAGAAGCCGUUUGAGCACGAAGGCUUUUCAAAUUUUUUUAAAUACACAUAA